UCCGUUUCACACUGGAGUGUCUGGCCUGGUCCAGGUCUACUCAGGAUGAGGCUACUCUGGGCUCUGCUACCAUUGGUCCCUUCGGUCUUCGCAAAACCAGGGAACGACUCUGAUUCUCUCUUCUGGGGAACCUACCGACCCAAUCUCUACUUCGGCCUGAGGCCCAAGGUUUCUCAGUCCCUCAUGACUGGGCUUAUGUGGUUCGGCACACAAGACUACCAGUCCAUCUCGCGAACGCGCCAUGGAUGCGACCAGGGUGACGGUUUGGACGGUUAUUCAUGGAUAGAAUACGACCCGCGCGAGGGUGGUGCGCAGGUCAUUCAUGACACGCCCAAUAAUGUCAAACUCACGACCGAGUUCCUCAAAGUUCCUGGUGGCGAACAUGGAGGCAGUUGGGCAGCUAGGAUUAAAGGAGAACCUAUCAAUCAUGCUCUACCUUCGCGCGUAUCUCCCAUUUUCUAUGUUGGACUGGAAGGCAUGGGUGGUAUUGACAUGGAGACCGAAGAAGACGAGAAUGGUAUUGAGGGUCCUGUCGCCUUCACGGGAUUCACACCGGACUUGGACGACUUCACAAUCCGAAUUGUGGAUAGCCCUAACAACGUCUACAUCACAGAGGGUCAAUUUGCGCACGCGUUUCAUGCCCGGACCGGGAAGUCUCAUCUUCUCGGGCUGCGAGUUUCACCAGGAGAGGUCUGGAAAGCGCUAGAGUACAUCCAGGCCCCCAUGAUUAGGCAUGCCCAGGACAUCAUCAAGUCAUAUACUGAUCCGCAGAGGGGAUACCCGGAUCCGGCCUUCAUUUUCCAGUUACCGGACGAGAUCUACAGUAGCAGCAAUCUCUACGCUGUACAGAAGCACUUUGACGGACCGUUCCAGUUUGACGUCUUCUUUGAGAGUGGCAAGCAGAAGCUGAGCUCAACCGAUUUGGACGUAGGCAUUCCUGCACUUUCUGCCUCGUAUAACGAGCGCUUCGACACCGUCCUCCCGAUACCCUCAAACUACCAAACGUCCGACCCUGAGUCUCUCCGAGAGUUCUCCAAAGCUAUCACCUCCAACCUGAUUGGUGGCGUCGGCUACUUCUAUGGGUCGUCCCUCCUCGAUCGUGGCUUUGCAUAUGAAUGGGACCAGGAGGACGAUAGUGAUCCAGCUGAGUCUGGAGAGAAGAAGGGUCCCACUUUAGUCGAACCCAAGAGUCUCUUGACGGCGACUCCAAGUAGGAGCUUCUUCCCCCGCGGCUUUUACUGGGAUGAGGGCUUCCAUCUCCUGCACAUUGGCCAAUACGACAAUGACCUGACUCUAGAGAUUCUUCAGAGUUGGAUCAACUUAAUCGACGAAGACGGCUGGGUCGCCCGCGAGCAGAUCCUCGGCGAGGAAGCUCGUAGCCGCGUCCCUCCCGAGUUCCAAGUCCAAGUCCCCAGCUAUGCCAACCCGCCCACGCUCACCAUGGCCGUCACCGCGUUCAUCGACCGUCUUCGUCAGCAGAAGGGCCCCUCCGAGGCCGACCUCGGCAUGGACUAUGGCAUGGGCUCCCAGACUCCCCUCUCGUCCGAGGGUUCGUCGUCCUCCGCCGGCCGGCGGUUCCUCGACGAGCCCGAGCUCGCGCUCGACUACCUCCGUGCGAUCUACAAGCCGCUCAAGCGCCACUACGAGUGGUUCCGGCGCACACAGCGCGGCCAGAUCAAGCAGUACGGGCGCAAGGCGCGCUCGCGCACCGAAGCGUACCGCUGGCGCGGGCGGUCGCAGCAGCACGUGCUGACGAGCGGGAUGGACGACUACCCUCGGGGCCCCCCGCACGCGGGGGAGCUGCACUUGGACCUGAUCUCGUGGAUGGCGUUCUUCUCCCAGACAAUGCGGGACAUCGCGGAGUUCGUGGGCGAGGUGGACGACGCGGCGGCGUUUGAGGAGAUCGCAAAGGCGACGAUUGCGAACAUCGACGACCUUCACUGGAGCGAGGAAGAGCAGAUGUACUGUGACGUCGGCGUGAACGACGACGACGAGUCCUACCACGUCUGCCACAAGGGCUACCUCUCCCUCUUCCCGUUCCUCCUCGGCCUCCUCCCGUCCGACUCGCCUCACCUCGGGCCCAUCCUCGACCUCCUCCGCGACCCGCAGCACCUCUGGUCGCCGUACGGCCUCCGCAGCCUGUCCGCGUCGCACCCCGAGUUCGGCCAGGGCGAGAACUACUGGAAGGGCCCGAUCUGGAUCCAGAUGAACUACCUCGCGCUCGCGUCGCUGCACAAGAAAUAUGCCGCGCUGGAGGGCCCGUACCGGCAGCAGGCGCAGCAGAUCUACGCGGAGCUCAGGAAGAACAUCAUCGACAACGUCCACAAGGAGUACGUCCGGACUGGGUACGUGUGGGAGCAGUACGACGCGCUCACGGGUGAGGGUAGGCGGAGCCAUCCGUUCACUGGGUGGACGUCGCUCGUCGCGCUGGUGAUCUCGGAGAAGUACUGAGCGCCGUCAUUUCCGUGGUUCAUGAACCAAAAGCGAGCGUUUUGCCUCCCGCUCGUACUAAGUUAUAUAAUCAUGUGGACAAUGAGAAUGGAUGCUUGGUGUUCCACGCCAGGAUUGGGGCAUGCAACGGUGUGAUGAUGUAUGCUCCGAACACUGAGAGGUAUAUACAUGCG